AUGGUAGUAGAGGUAGAAAGCUUCUUUGGUGUGUACAUGCUGUACUGCACUAAUCCAAAAUACAAGGGUCGUAUCUACAUCGGCUUCACUGUGAACCCUGAGCGGCGGAUCGGACAACACAACGCCGGACGGCACCGAGGCGGAGCGAAGAGGACCAGUGGAAGAGGACCGUGGGAGAUGGUCCUCAUUAUCCAUGGCUUUCCAUCAGAUAUUGCUGCACUGAGGUUUGAGUGGGCAUGGCAGCAUCCUCACUCUUCCAGACGGCUUUCCCACGUCUCCCGGCGUUCCAGGAAAGAGUCCAGCCUUCAGUUCCACUGGCGUGUGGUCUCCAACAUGCUGCGAGCGGCGCCGUGGAGCCGGCUGCCGCUGACGGCCCGCUGGCUUAAACAGGAGUACAGGAUGGAGUUCGAGCCCAGCCUGCAGCCGCCGCUGCACAUCCCCGUGGCGUUCGGCAGCGUGAGGGCCAAAAAGAAGCUGCCGCUGUCCUCUGAGGAGGAUGAGGACACGUCCAGGUGUUCUCUCUGCCGAGGGCCGGUGAAGGCGCCGGAGAGGCUGAGCUGCUUCCAGCCGUCCUGUGUAAUGAGAGCUCAUGUAGGCUGCCUCGCCCGGUUCUUCCUGAAGUCGGAGCCAUCGCAGCUGCUGCCGGUGGAGGGCGAGUGUCCGUCCUGCCGCCGCUCGCUCCUCUGGGGGAGCCUCGUCCGCCAUAAACAUGGCUGCUUCGGAGACCUGGAGGAGAUCGCGCCGUCUUCAUCCCAGAAGCACUGGACAGACGAGCUGCAGAUAUGAAGAAGCCGUAAACGUCUAUUUAUUUUAUUUAGCAGCAAAAUGUCAGAAAACCUCCUGAUUUCAUCAUGAAAGCUCCUUUUUAAUCACAUACAGAAUAAUUUUGAGUUUAAUAUUUGUAUGGAUAAAUACUUCCUGUGAAAAAUAAAUAUAUUUUUUAUAACUGUUUUAUUUUCAUCUGAUUUUAAUCUGUGGCUGGAAAUAUAAAUGUUUCCUUCUUUGUUGUUGAUGCUGCAUGUUUGUAAAAAUUCAUCAUGAAAAUUCUUAAUUUAUUAAAAGUACAUGUGA